AACGGAAUGAUUCGAUUGGUUCGUGUUGACAGAACGCUAGAAAUUCAAAAAGAUCCAACUGGCUCCAAACUGUAACAAAAAAAUCAGCAGAUUCUGGAGCCGGAGCUCGGACACGGAGGCUGCAAAAUCCAGCCCGAGGCCAGAGAAUCGCUGCCUUUAUCCAAACCAGCAACUGGCGGAGGGACAGUGACCUUGAUACACUAUAUCGGACUCUAGCAGACGCCGAGGGAGGUUGGGGUAUUGUGAACGGGGAGAGGCAGCUGGAUCCGCCGUGCGGAUCCCAGUAAUAUGCCGGCACUAUGUGGUGUAUUACUGAAGAAGCUCCUGUUACAAUAAUGAAGGCCAGUCCAAGAAGGCCUUUGAUUCUGAAAAGGAGGAAGCGUCCCCUGACAUUCAAUAAUCCAGUAGAUAUAAAGGAGAAUCCUCCUGAAGACAAGAAUAAUGGAAGUAAAUACAAACCUGAGCCCACAAGUUUUGACACAGAUAGCACUUGUUCAACAAAGGAUGACUUAAGACACUCUCAGAAACACACAGCCAUUGAGACACAAAAAGUCCCUGAGAGGAUUCGGAUUGUAAACCAUCCUUCACUGCCCAACACUCAGGUUGUGUUAAUUCCAAAAGAUGCAGAUCUUCAAAGCAUCAUAGCAGCACUCACGGCAAAGGGAAAGGAGAGUGGCUCCAAUGGACCCAAGAAAUUUAUUCUUUUGAGCGGUAAUGCAACUUCCUCCUCUCGCCAGAGCCAGUCUUUGGAAAGUAAUGAUCCAUGUGCACCUCUUCUGGGAAGGGGAAAAAAAUCCAUGGAAUUACAGGAGGAGCCAAGUUUAACAGUUGCUAACUCUAGUGGCAAGUUGGCCAUACCGGACUUUAUAAGUAAUAUUAGCAUCAAAAAGGAGGAUGAUUGCUCGGUUCAAGAACCUCAAACACCAGUGCCUUCAUCUCUAUAUGACCAAGAGGCUGGUACAGUCACCAAAGUUCCUGAACAUCUUCUCCUGGAUGACAGUCUGACCAACAUUCAGUGGCUGGGUAAAAUGAGCACGGAUAGCCUGGGGGCGUGUAGCGUGAAAGAUGAAGCUGAGAAAGAAAACCAAGAGCCUCCACCAGAAAGUGCCACUCCAGAGUCUGUUCACGAAAGGCCUCCAUACUCCUACAUGGCCAUGAUUCAGUUUGCAAUAAACAGUACCCAGAGCAAGAGGAUGACCCUGAAGGAAAUCUACACCUGGAUUGAGGAUCAUUUCCCCUACUUCAAGCAUGUGGCCAAACCAGGUUGGAAGAACUCUAUUCGGCACAAUCUGUCUCUUCAUGAUAUGUUCAUACGUCAAACGUCUCAUAAUGGCAAGAUAUCACACUGGACAAUCCGUGCUGAAGCCAACCGCUUCUUGACAUUGGACCAGGUUGUUAAGUCAUCGGAUUACAGCCCAACUGACCAAACCCAUUGGAUCCAAGCAGUGCCUGUGCUGGUCUGUCAACAACAACAAAAGCGAACUGGUACCACUGAGCUACCAAAGAGUAAUGUUGCUACCAGCACAGAAGUUAAUCUGAGAAAGAUGAAACCAUUGCUGCCACGGACUGACUCCUACCUGGUACCCAUUCAGUUGCCAGUCAGCUCCUCCCUCAUCCUACAGCCAUCUCCUCACAUCACCCUACCAACAAUCCAGGGGCACCGUUCUUCAACUAGCAGCAGUAGUGAGUUGGCUAGGAAGCGCAAGCGUGUUCGGAUUGCACCAAAGGUUCCAAAUGAGAGUCUGAGUUGUAAUCAUCCUGCAACCUCAAUAAAGAAUACUGAGAAACUGACGCUGAUUCCACCAAUCCCUCCAGUUACUGAUAUCCAUGAGAAUUCUGCAGCAGCAAAACCCUAUGAGGUCUCCAAGGAGAGCAGUUCCAGGCGAAAGCAGAGACAUGUUCUUCAGCCUGUGGAGGAACCUGUUCUUCUGUUCCCAGAAGCCAGUGAGUCCAUGGCAGAGAGUGGACUAGAUUUGGGUUUUGUGUCUGGUUUCAAUGAGUCUAGAACCUUGGACCAGUGCUCAGAUUUUACAAGCACCACAAUAGACUAUAACUUCAAAACACCCAUUAAAGAGAAGCCCCAUGAUCUACCUUCCUCAUCAACCCCCAGUAAAGGCACCAGUGAGAGCUCUCCAGUUAAUGUAGCAAACAGCUGGAAGAUUGCACUGACCCCUUUGAAAAAAGACGACAACCUAUUUGAGUUCAGUCCUGUGAGGACACCAUGUGGUUCCUUCCUAACACCCUUGCGUAAUAACACAGGAUACCUGAGUUUUAGUAGUACACCAUUUAAGGACUUUGCUCUCUUUGAGUCACCACGAGAACUCUUGAACUCACCAGUUAAGGAUCUUGUGUCUGACACAGGAUUCUCCCCUCUUUCAGAGGGCAAUUCUGGAAGGUGUUCUCGAGAACUUCAGAUAAAUGCAAACACCAAAGCUUUGACUGAAGGCUUGGUCUUAGACACCCUCAAUGACAGUCUUAGUAAAAUAUUACUGGACAUUAGCUUCACUGGCCUGGAGGAUGAGGAUUACGAACUUGGGAAUAUGAGCUGGUCAACACUAAUUCCAGAACUGAGAUAAUUCAUUUUGUGAGGAAAGGAGUUUUGCUGCUUAAAUUAUUUUUAUUCUUGAUGUUAAUACCAUUUCAUGUUCAAACUGGUGUAGCUAUCGAGUCAGAAUUAGAAAUACCUUCUUGGACUAAACCCUUUGACAAAAUUUCAGGUUAUCUUUGAAGUCAUCAAUUCCUUGUGUCUAUAUCUAUAGGUAUUUAGUUCCUCACCCAACUGGACUGUGCUUACUGUAACUGGAUUAAUCACUGUUCAUACGUACAAUCCUUUGCACGUGUCUGUGAGUGUCUGCCAUACUGUGUAUUGAUUGUGUGUGUGUGUGUUUGUGUGUGUGUGUGUGUGUGUGUGUGUGUGAGAGAGAGAGAGAGAGAGAGAGUUUGCGCGCGCGUGCGUGCACAUACUGUCUUUGCUGCUGCUUUAUCUUCCUGGAUACAGGACAUUCGGCCACUUUUAAAGGCCUUGAGAUCUCCCUAGCACUGCAUUUCUGAUGAUAGUCAGCAGAUUUCUUGAUUCUGACUACAGAUUUUCUUAUUUCUUGGUGUCUCCUCAGGGAAUGUCAGAAAGUUUUGUAUAUUGUACUUGUAAAUAUAUUUUUAAAAAUGUAAAGAGAGAAAUAUGAAGGGGAAUACAAGCCUUGUAAUGCUUAGGGAGAGGAGAAUGUGACUUUCUUAAUUUCAGUGAAGGUCUAAUCUUAACUGAAGCUUGUUGUCUAGUUAAUAAGAUGAGAUAAUGCAGGCAAGUCAUAGUUGAUCAGUGUUGAUUUAAAUUGUCCACCUUUGAUGUAUCUUCGCACAUUAAUAUUUGCAUUGCAUACAGCAGCUGGCAACAUUCAGUUCCAGCCCAAGAGUUUUUAAUAGAAAACGUUGGAAAUUAGUCAGUAUCUGACUAGUUAACAAUUUGGGUGUAAUCAGAACUGCCAAAGAUGCAAAAUUUUUCCAGAUUUUUCAUUAUUUCAGAUUUCUAAUGCUUGCAAUUUGUUUUUCCUUCAUGUACUCUAAUUUCCAGGAAGAAAGCAACACUUUGUACCUCUAUCAGCUUUAUUUUUCUUGACUGAUACCUGUCACUAGAUCAAGCCCCUUCUCCCUGACCAGUGAAUCCACAUUCUUCUGUGUAUUGCUAUGUAGCUUGCAAAUCAUCUUGUUAUAAAUAUUGAAGUAUUCACUUAAAUGUGCGAAGUUUGGGUUUGGUGUUCAAAACGUAUGAUGUAUUUCAGAUUAAAUGUGAUACUGAUACUGAAUGUGAACGGUCCCUUUCUGUGACAUACUUUUUAAAAAGAUGAAUAACAGAAUAGAAUUCUAAAAUUCAGCAUAAAGGCUCUACAAUAACAGCUACAAAUAGUCCUUGAGGUGGGAAUUUGGAAUCUACACUAUACUGCAGUUUUAAACUUGAGCUUGAGCUUGCAUCCUUGUGUUUCCAAGUUACUUGCUGUUGACUUCCUACUUUAGCAAAUACGAAAAUUCUCUCUCAGCUCAGGCCCUUCACUGUUCAUCAAUCAUAUAUCUGUAGUCCACUUUCAACCAGUUGAUGGUUUAUCACAUAAAUUAAUUUAGUGGUUUGGCAUCCUUCUUUCGGAAACACCAAUGGUACUACCUUCAUUAACUAUUCUUUGACAGAUUUUUUACUCAUCAAUCAAUGUUAGGUUUGAGACUUAACAAUUAAUCCAGCAUCAACUGCUGUUUGCAGAACUGAGUUCCAAAGUUCUACCACUUUCUUCUUCUAAAUUCACUUCUGAAAAGUCUGUCUCUAAACUUUAGACUAUGGUUCCUAUCCUAGAUUCCCCAAUGACCAAAAUUGUUUAUCUAUUGUUAUCUAUUCCCUUUAAUAUUUUGAAAACAUCAAUCAGAUCACCCAUUCAGUUCUUCUGGGAUUUGGAGACUAAUUUGUGCAAUCUUUCCUCAUAAUGUAACUUUCCAGUAGCAUUCCAAAACUUUAUGCUGCAAUACUCUAAGUGCUACAUAUCAUGACUGUGGUGUAACCAGAAAAUUGCACAGCUGAAGAACUCUGUAUUCUAAUAUAUUUUUAUUUUCUUGGCAAUUAUUUUCUGCACAUUUUGCAUUCUGCUUGAUAUUUUAUGUAUUUGUUGCUCAUUAUAAAUCUCUUAUUUACAUUUUAAUCAGAAUUUUAUUUUAAUCAUUGAUUUGGAUACCCUUUCUUUCUCUCAUGGGUAUAAUAUCUUAACUGUGCCAUCACUUUGCAUGCAUUUCAUUGUUCAUUAAAAGGUUUAUUUAUACCAAUAGUUGCUUCCUAUCUCCUGAGCCAGCUCACUUAAAUUAGUCCUCUUCACUUUGACUAUUCACUUGAUUCAAAAAACAAAAUACUGCAAAUGCUGGAAACGAGAAAUAAGAACAAAACAUCUUCGGAGCGAGGAGCAGAUUUAAACGGCAAGAUUUUACCAACACACCUGAUCGCCACCUCAAUCAGAAUUGCAUUCGUAGGUAGGUGAUGGAACCUUUCUCCUAAUUUUAUGGGUGACAGCUCAUAAGUAGUUGCUGCAGCCUAAUUGGAGUCACAACAGCUCAGCAUCACAAUCAGGAAUAGUGGCCAAAGAAGAGGCAACACAGGAGUCUUGCAGCAUUGAGGAGGUACUUUGAAAAGUAGUUUUAAAAGUGUUGAAUGAUUCGAGGAAACCCCUUUGAGGAAAUAGUGGGGACUGUGCAUGGCCCUCUCUAAGGUUCUGUAGAACAAUCCCACCAGGCCAGCACUGGGUGGCUGCCUCCAGUCAGCUAGAAAUAGCCUAUACUUAUUCAAAUUGGCUUCCCUCCUUGUAGUUGGGAAUCCAAUCUGCAGGAGCUCCCUAUGAUUUCACCAAAUUCCACACUUUGAUUUUAUGUUUCUCAUCUGUAGUUAGAUAACUGAAGUUCCUAACCAUUACUACUCUUAAUAUUUUUAACUUUCCUGAAAUUUACUGCAGAUUUACUCCUCUAUCUCUUUCCUAAUACCAAGUGUUCUAUAAUAUACACCCAAAAAAUGUUUUAAAUCAUCUAGCACAUUAUCCUUCCCAGAACUACAACACUUUAUAGUAGUACCAUUUCUGCCAUCCUGUAUUUUUUCCAUUUCAAUCCCUCCUGAAUACAUGAAAUGGUCAUAUGCAGGUUUUCUUAUGAAAGAGAGACCAGGAACUUACUGUGCAGCAAGCUUCACUUUUAUAGCUGGAAUGUGAAGCUUCCAAUUUCCUUCUUAAUUGAGCAAAGUUUCCAUAUUGCCACUCAUCAUAUGUCUAUCUGGCCAGUUAUGCAUGGAGUUUACCAAUCUUAUUUCUCAACCCCUGCAUUUAUGUAAUCCUGCAUCAGUCUAGUUUGCAUUUCUCUCCUGUUUGAUUCCAGUUUUCUGAAUUAUGGUCUAUUUUUAAUGCUGCUUGUUUUUACCAGUUGUCAACGCUUCUUGUUUCUUUGACACUUUGCCAUGAUUUCCCUUUUCCUGUCCAUAAAGUUUAGAACUUACCCCACAACACAAACUAACCUUCCUUUUGUGGACAUUUAUCUCAGCCCUGAUCAGAUGCAACCUGUGUGUUUUUGCAAAACCCUCCUGUAUCUAAAUGGGUCUCGAUGCUUUGGGAAUCUGAAGCCCUCCCUUCCUUCUGCAUCAUUUCACAGUAGCUCUAUCUUGCCCUUUUCAAUAUAUGCUACUGCAUGCUUCUGAUUCUAUUAAAAACUCUGUCAGUAAAUCUGCAAUUAUUUUCAGUUAAGUCUUGAUCUCACUUCUUUCAAGCAAGGUCUGUGGAUAAAAGAUUAUCUCAUACCCUUGAAAAAAAUCUAAUAUUUUACUGUGCAUAGGCUGUCAGGGUGAGAUGUUUCUGAAAAAGUCCACAUUCUGGUGUGAUGUUCAUUAAUGUUAGGCUAAGUAUUCUACAUCUCUUGUUGCUCUAUCAUAACACCGCUUGAAGAUGCUUUCAUUUACAUUCUUUCCUUUGAGGAAACUUUGGCCUGUGCAUCAAGAGGCAGUUUGAAAUUCCUGGGAAGAAUGGUUUUCCCUGCACAAACUAUUGGAAGGGUGUUAGCUGUAGGUUGAAUUUGCUGAUUAUCUGUGCAUUCUCUAAUGCUUAGCCAGUAAGAUUUUUCUUUUCAUAAAUUGGGACAUUCCUAUGCAGUCAAGCAAUGGGCUUCCCUUUCGUAGAAGGACUUAUUAAAAUGCUUAACCAGGCAACUGGUUAAGAGGAGCAUUUAGUUCUUGCCAAAGCGAUUCCGUUACAAUGAUGCUAGUAGAAAUGAUUAACUGACAGGACAGUUUGUAAUCUUUGCAUUUUUUCUUAUACCACGUAUUGUGCUUUGGAGGCUCUUCAAUACAAUGUUUGGCAUGAAGUUUUUUUUUGUCUUUGUGAUGCAAUCAUGAUAGUGACAUCAGGAUCAAAACCACUUUGAAAUUGUUAUAGGUUGCAUCAACAAACAAGACUGUUGGCUCAUCCUGUACUCCUUACUGCUGUCAAUCAGAGAUUAAAUGGUCUCUGUGCUUAACCACAGAAAUCAUAUUUUCAAAGGACAGCGUUAACUAUGUUUUUUUAAAAACGAGUUGUGAUCUGCUUCUACUUUGCAUCCCAAAAAGGGGCCUAUUAGUGUACCACUGAAACUCAUUUCUCUGACUCCAUGCAAAUCUGAAUUUUAAUGGCUAUUAGUUUGGCUGCCAAACAUCUACACAGCUGAGUCACUAGAUCAUGCAACAGCAACGAUAGUUGUAAAUUAUGAACAAUACAGUUUUUCCACCUUGCAGUUCAUGUAAAUACAUUUCAGAAUAACCUACUUGUAAAUGUUCAGAUUCUCUUAAUGCACCUUAAUAAAAUGAAUACAAUCUGUGCCUCAGAUAUGCAAUCUCAAUAUAAGCAGCACAUUGUGAAACUGUGUGUACUUGGUAUAUUGUCUGCUGUACAGCGAUCAAAUGUCAAUAAAUAAAAACUUC